UCCGGCAUCCGGGCUGGUCGACGCCCCUCGAGCUGAGCGCGGCUCCUCCCCUCCCCAGCCUGGCGGGGGGCGGUCGCUGCGGCCCGGGGCGAACCGGGAGACCUUUCCACGUUUGCAUUGCCGCGGUGCGCCCGGCCUUACCCCUCGCCGCUCCUGUCCAGGCCGCGCGAUGGCAUUCGGGGCCCGGGGUUGGCGGCCCCGGUCGCUGCUCCUGCUGCUGCUCUGGGUGACCGGGCAGGCGGCUCCCGUGUUGGGCCUGGUUGUGAGCUCGGAGCUGCAGAUCGAGCGGAGCUUCGUGCCUGAUGAGUGCCCGCGCACGGUGCGCAGCGGCGACUUCGUGCGCUACCACUACGUGGGAACUUUCCUCGACGGCCAGAAGUUCGACUCCAGCUAUGACAGAGACUCUACCUUCAAUGUGUUUGUGGGAAAAGGCCAGCUGAUUGCGGGGAUGGACCAAGCUCUGGUCGGGAUGUGUGUCAACGAGAGACGUUUCGUGACGAUUCCCCCAAACCUCGCCUACGGAAGUGAAGGAGUUUCUGGUGUGAUCCCUCCAAACUCAGUUCUUCAUUUUGAUGUUCUCCUGAUGGAUAUUUGGAAUUCUGAAGACCAGGUUCAGAUUCAGACGUAUUUCAAGCCCCCCAGUUGCCCUCGGACUAUCCAGGUAUCUGAUUUUGUGAGGUACCACUACAACGGAACGUUCUUGGAUGGGACACUGUUCGAUUCCAGUCACAAUCGCAUGAAAACCUAUGACACGUACGUGGGGAUUGGAUGGCUGAUUCCUGGAAUGGACAAAGGGCUGCUGGGCAUGUGUGUCGGGGAGAAGCGGAUCAUCACCAUCCCCCCUUUCCUGGCCUAUGGAGAAGAGGGAGAUGGGAAAGACAUUCCUGGGCAGGCUUCCCUAGUCUUUGAUGUUGCAUUGUUGGACCUCCAUAAUCCUAAAGAUAGCAUUUCCAUCGAAAACAAGGUAGUCCCUGAGAACUGUGAGCGAAGAAGUCAGAGUGGGGACUUCCUCAGGUACCAUUACAAUGGUACGCUUCUGGAUGGCACCCUCUUUGAUUCCAGCUACUCACGGAACCACACCUUUGACACGUACAUUGGGCAGGGCUAUGUGAUUCCUGGGAUGGAUGAAGGCUUACUUGGUGUUUGCAUUGGAGAGAGGAGGAGGAUUGUGAUCCCUCCUCACCUGGGCUACGGAGAAGAAGGAAGAGGGAAUAUUCCUGGUUCAGCUGUGCUGGUAUUUGACAUCCAUGUGAUUGACUUUCACAACCCUUCGGACUCCAUCAGCAUCACUUCCCACUACAAGCCUCCUGAUUGUUCGGUGCUGAGCAAGAAGGGGGAUUACCUCAAAUACCACUACAAUGCCUCACUCCUGGAUGGGACUCUGCUGGACUCCACAUGGAAUCUAGGCAAAACUUACAACAUUGUGUUGGGAUCUGGACAAGUUGUACUGGGGAUGGACAUGGGUCUGAGAGAGAUGUGUGUGGGAGAGAAGCGGACGGUCAUCAUCCCGCCCCACCUGGGCUAUGGAGAGGCUGGUGUGGAUGGAGAGGUACCCGGCAGUGCUGUCCUCGUGUUCGACAUUGAACUGCUGGAGCUUGUGUCCGGCCUCCCGGAGGGGUACAUGUUCAUAUGGAAUGGCGAAGUGUCUCCCAACCUCUUCGAAGAAAUCGACAGGGAUGGCAAUGGGGAAGUCACCCUGGAGGAGUUCUCAGAGUACAUCCAUGCCCAAGUGGCAACAGGCAAAGGGAAGCUGGCUCCUGGCUUUAAUGCUGAAAUGAUUGUGAAGAAUAUGUUCACCAACCAGGACCGGAAUGGAGAUGGGAAGGUCACGGUGGAGGAAUUUAAACUCAAAGAUCAGGAAGCCAAACAUGAUGAACUGUAAGCCUUAACACGAAUCAGUUUGUGCCAAGGAGCGCAUGAGACCAAGUGAGCUGUCAUGGCAGAGCAUCCUGUCAUGGUGUGAAGGCUUCUAGGAAGGUAUGAAAUUAGCCAGUAGCAGGUGGGCCAUGCAGUACCUGGUGCAUACACUGGGGUGGGUUGAUGUCUGUGGUGAGAGCUUGGGUGGAUUUCCAGUGACAGUAAAUAGAAUCUGUGCAGAGCACCUUGGCAUGGGACAGUCUGCACCGCCAACCUGGAUUUAUGAGUCUUCUGUAAGGUUAUGUCACUAAAGGAAAAUUAUUUUGUAGGAGACAUAGCUGUCUUGAAGGAAACAGAGGUUCCCAGGGUGUUUACCUAAAGAGAUUGAAUAUUUUACUUUUUUUUUUUUUUUAAUCUUGGUGUCUUUAAGAAAUGUUUACCAUGCAGGCAGUAAGUUAAAGAGCACACAUGCUCCAGCAAGAUUUCCUGACAGCAGCCAUUGCUCUUCUCAGUGUUCCACACAGCUAGGCCCUUUGUGCCAGCCAUCUCCUGUCAUGCUUCUUUCAGUUCACUUCCUGCACUGGCAGCCCUCUGGUUGGUAGUAUUACUUGAAGGUUAACAGGAGGCUCCUAGACAGGAAAAAACCCAGACCAAAUGGAAGCUGCCUUAGCCCACGAGUAGAGGAUCUGACCUGCGUUUUCUAAGGAGGGUUAUCUGCUUGCCUCUGCCCUAUCUUUGGGACACUAUCCUAUGGGGCCCUCUCUCUCUCCACUUUGCAUUCCUUUGUUUAAGUAGAUGCAUGUAGGGCUUCUGUCUGGGCCUGGAAGUUAAGGUGAAAUUAGUUGGAGCAGAGCUGUCAGGGUCUCACUGGUCAGCCAACAGAAAAUUUUACUGUGACUGAAAUGGAUUUGUUAUCCCAACAAAUGAAGGUGACAUUUUCUGCCAUUUAUUCAUGUCUUGGAGGGCAGUUUGGGGUCACCUGCUAUAGAAAAGCAAUAGCAUUAUUCAGCCUAGCCCAUUCCCAAACCAUGUAGUAGCCAUGUUCCUGCCUUCUGUUCUCUGCCCCCAAGUAGUAUUGUCACUUGCCCUGAAGUAAUCAAGGGUUUUCCUUUUGAAAUGGCUUCCCCCCCACAAAUUUAAACUGUUUUGUACUGAUGUUGCCCUGAGAUAGAUCACGUGAAUGCUGUGCACUCAUGCAAUGGAAUUAAUGUUGGAAACCUGACUUUUUUUCCUGAUAUAAAAUGUUGAGUCAUA